UUUUUUUUUUCAAUAAGUUUACCACUCAUCACAAACAUACUGCCAAUACUUCUUUCUCUUUCAUAUAACAAAAUAACUUUUUCCGUUCAUAUAUACAUUGGAUAUAAAAGACUCAUUUACUAUAUAUAAAAUAUUUAUUACUAAGUCUGUAGUGUGAGCAUCUAAUUUUCCACCCACUGCUAAGUCUCUGUUACAUCAUAAGUCCAAGUUUACUUGUGAUUUAAGAAAAAUGGAUAUAUCAACAUUUGUGUUUUUCGACAUAGAAACGACAGGUUUACCCCAUGAAGAGAGAAACCAAACUAAAAUUAUUGAACUAACUUUUUUAGCAGUUUCGGCGGAAGAUAUAGCGGUUACCCCGGUAGGUGAAAUACCUUUGAUAAAUAAAUUAUCAUUAUUUUUUAACCCUGAAAGAGAAAUAAGCGCAGAAGCGGCGAAUAUGACGAGAUUAUCAGAGACACUGUUAGCCAUACAGCUAACUUUUAAAGAAAGAGUUAAAACACUCAACUCGUUUUUAGAAGAAUUACCAAAACCUGUGUGUUUAGUUGCUCACAAUGGUAACCGAUUUGAUUUUAAAAUUCUUACCGCAGAGUAUAAAGAUGUGAAGGCAGAAUUUCCUCGAGAUCUUCUUUGUGUUGAUUCCAUAACGGGCUUCAGACAGUUGGAUAGAAACAAAACUAUUAACAAUAAUAACAGAACAAAAACUAAACCACUUUAUGUAAGCUCACCAAAAAGAACAAUUGAAAGUAUUAUGACUGAUGAUGAAGAUGAGUGGCCAGAAUUAAAUAUUAGUAUUGAAGAAUGGAGGGAAAUUGAUGAUAUGACAAAGUCAAUGUCCAGUAUGUCAUGUGAAGAGGAUGAAAAAGAUACAUCUGGUGAAAAAGGCAAAAGCAACAAGGUACAUACAGCCAAAGAAAAAGUAAGUUAUACUUUGUCUAGUUUGUAUAGAAGAUUACUAAAAAAAGAACCAAUAAAUACUCAUAGGGCAGAAGUGGAUUGUAUAUUAUUACUGGAAUGUGUUAUUGCUACAAAAUCUACUUUUUUACCCUGGGCUAAUAAAAAUACUAAAUUAUUAAGUAGUAUCAAACCUUUAAGCAGAUAUUGAAUUUAUUAGUAGUUAAGAUUAUUAGCUAAGGUGACAAGAGAGAAUAACUAUAGAAAUUUUUAUAAAGAGAAAAUGUUUGACUGUUUAUUUUAAUAAACUGAAAAUUCAUUAAAAAUCACUGUAAUGAUUAAAAGCUGUAUUAAGAGUGAGUAAUGUUUAAUUAAUCUCUAUUUUCUUAUUAGUAUUUUUUUAUCUGAAAUCUAAAUUGUGGUACUAGUAUGUAAUGAUUGAUUAU